UUUUUUGCGUUUUGAAACACGCUAUUUAUUCAUCGGAAGUAUAAUGCGCAUGAGAUGUGUGAACGAUUUAUUGCGAUUGUGAUUGCGCUACUGGCAACAGAAGGCGAUCAAAAUUUCGUUGGCUGUUUUAUAAUUUAAUGGUUUUCAUGAAUGGACUUGGACCAGACCCUCUGCCAGCCAAGGAGGCAGAGGGCCCUCCAGUACAAGUGGAACCAGUGGAUCUUAGUCUACGAUCACCAAGAGGAUCCAACCACCAUGUGCAUCACAAAUCAUCAGCAUCAGCGUCGUCAUUCACAUCAUCUACAUCAGCGCUACAUCAAAAUUACUCGCUCAACUCGUCAUCGUCGGCGUUCUCUUCAACGGGAUCUGCAUCAGCUCAAUCCAAGCGUCCCAUACCUCCAUUACUUGCAGCUUCACCCUUCCUCUUUACAUAUCGACGUUUCAAGGACGAAACUAAUAACAACAACAUAAGCUAUGCCAAUAACAAUCACUACAGUUACAAUAACAACAUGUCGGCCUCCUCUCUCACAACUUCAACAGCAGCUGCGGCUGCUGCCGCUGCAGCUUCCCGAUCAAUAUUUCACGACUACGAUCGGAAAUUCAGCCUGCUGAGCCUUUUCAAAAAUCCAUACAAAUAUCCCGAACGACCGCCACCGAUCUCACCAAGAGCAGCGACGAUACCAUCGGCAUUAUCAAUUACUCCAGUAUCAUCAUCAAGAAGCUACAGCAAUAGUAGUUCAACUUCAAAUCCUGCCAUUAGUAGAUUAAGCUCAGUUGUCCCUUCGUCGGGAUCUUCGUCUUCCUCGCCGUGGAAGGUUAUGGCGGCAGCUUCUCAAGCCCUAAGUCCUUCGUACAGCUCGUUCACAUCAUCGACGGGGAGUGCUUGUGGCAAUCGCAAAAGUGCUUUUAGUAGUAUAGGAGGAGGAGGCAUGUUGGGCAGUGGAGCCUUCAGCAGGUCAGACGAUGCAAGUGCCAAUGGUAGUGAUCUCUCGAAAAACCGCAAAGUGCACAAAUGCGACACUGAGGGUUGUGAUAAGGUCUAUACGAAAAGUUCCCAUCUAAAAGCUCACAAAAGAACACACACGGGUGAAAAACCCUACGUAUGCACUUGGGAGGGCUGCAUAUGGCGUUUUGCGCGUUCCGAUGAGCUUACUCGACACUUCCGCAAACAUACAGGCGUGAAGCCGUUCCGAUGUAAACUCUGUACGCGAUCGUUUAGCCGAUCCGAUCACCUUUCACUGCAUAUGCGUCGACACUGACACCAAUCAACUAUUACACAAUGACAUUCAUCACAUCUCUCUUUUUCUCUUACUCUGUCUCUUUUCUUUUAAUAAUUUCCGUUUCGAUUUAUUUGUUCAACUCACUGAUCUUCAAUUUUAUAAAUUAUUUAUUUUAGUUAGCGAAAUGUUGAAGAAAUCCGGAGAAGCAACAAGAUUCAUUCAAAGAAUUUUUUUUGUAUUUUUAUAGCCAGUUGUGCCAGCCAAAUCGAUCAAACGAGGGGGCUUGGCAAUGAUAUUAUGUAGGAGUAGGUAUAUAUUUUUUAUACAAAAGAAACAGAAAAAAACGGAACUUAAUUGCCAGUAUACUAUAGCCAGUUAACAGAAAACCAGUUUAAAGGAUAGGUUAGAUUUAAGGCUUUAAUUUAAAAUAAAUAUUUUAUUAUAUUUAAGUUUAUGUAUUAAAUAUUUUUUUUUUAUUAUUAUUAUUUUAGAACGAAAAAUCUCAAUUAAGAGGCCAGUAAAACAUUUUGUACAUUUGUUUUGUUUUUUUUUUUAUUUAUUAUUUUUACAAUAUUUUUAUAAUAAAUUA